GACAGGGUCGUCCGUGGAGCGAAUUGGUUUAUUUGUGACAACACGCGCAGGCAGCAAAUGGAGAACUGACCUCUCUCUUGUCUCCUCCGCCGCCGCCGAUGAUGGGAAGCAAUCCACCCGAGCACGGGGCCAAGCCGAGAUCCAACCGUCAGCGAGACAGCCGCCCGGGCCACGGCCACCACCGAGUAGUACGCAAGCAGCCGCCGCGACCCACCAGCAACCGCCACAACAUCUACAUCACCAGUAAGACGGACUUCAAGGCCCAGCAGCGGCGAUGCGAGGAGCUGCUCAACGCCGGAGCUAAGGAGAUCUUCCUGCACUGUAUGGGCUUCUCGAUCACGCGCGGCCUCAACCUCGCCUUGCGCCUCGUCCACAAUUCCGAGGGUGCCCUCAGCUACGCCAUCAACACCUCCACCAUACAGCUGGUGGACGAGCUCCAUCCGCUGUGCGAUGCCGAGGACGUGACCUUCCGUCAGCGCAACAACUCGGCCCUGCACAUCAAGGUCUUCAAUCGCAGCCUCUUCGAUAUCGUCGUUCCAGAGCAGUCGCAGCAGUUUCGUGGAAAGGCGGGGAAGGCCAGACAGUAG